UCGAUUGUAGUACGCAUGCGCACUGUCAACGCUGUCAGCUGACUUCCUGGCCGAGGGAGGGAUUGCUGCUAGUGUCCCGCUAAUCCAUUAGAUCCCCAAAAAAAUUACCACGGUCGGAGAGGGAAAGGUCCAUUCCGCGCCUAUUCGUGCGGAUAUUAAGUAGGAGUGAGAGCCCGCCAUGGAAUGUGAGGUCUGAGGGGCAGCCACCAUGAUUGGAGGACUGUUCAUCUAUAACCAUAAAGGGGAGGUGCUGAUCUCCCGCGUCUACCGCGAUGACAUAGGGCGCAACGCUGUGGACGCGUUCCGCGUGAACGUGAUCCAUGCCCGCCAGCAGGUGCGCUCUCCUGUCACCAACAUCGCCCGCACCAGCUUUUUCCAUGUCAAGCGCUCCAACAUCUGGCUGGCUGCUGUCACCAAACAAAAUGUCAAUGCUGCAAUGGUGUUCGAGUUCCUGUACAAGAUGUGUGACGUCAUGACGGCCUACUUUGGGAAGAUCAGUGAGGAGAAUAUCAAGAACAACUUCGUGCUUAUCUAUGAGUUGCUGGAUGAGAUCCUGGACUUUGGAUACCCACAGAACUCAGAGACUGGAGCACUGAAGACUUUUAUUACCCAGCAGGGCAUCAAAGGCCAGCAUCAGACUAAGGAGGAGCAGUCUCAGAUCACCAGCCAGGUGACUGGUCAGAUCGGUUGGCGUCGUGAAGGCAUCAAGUACCGCCGCAAUGAGCUCUUCCUGGAUGUGCUGGAGAGUGUCAACCUGCUCAUGUCUCCACAAGGUCAAGUCCUGAGCGCUCACGUCUCCGGUCGUGUGGUGAUGAAGAGCUACCUGAGUGGAAUGCCUGAAUGCAAGUUUGGCAUGAAUGACAAAAUUGUCAUUGACAAACAGGGGAAAGGAGGAACUACUGAUGAUCCUGGGAAAAGUGAGUUAGGGGGAAGUGGGAAGCAGUCCAUAGCCAUCGACGACUGCACUUUCCAUCAGUGUGUGCGUCUCAGCAAGUUCGACUCUGAGCGCAGCAUCAGCUUCAUCCCUCCUGAUGGGGAAUAUGAGCUCAUGAGGUAUCGCACCACUAAGGACAUAAUUCUGCCCUUCCGGGUCAUUCCACUGGUCCGGGAGGUUGGACGCACAAAGCUGGAGGUCAAAGUUGUCAUCAAAUCUAAUUUCAAGCCCUCACUCCUGGCACAGAAAAUAGAGGUGCGCAUUCCAACACCUCUCAACACUAGUGGAGUGCAGGUGAUCUGUAUGAAAGGAAAAGCCAAAUACAAGGCCAGUGAGAACGCCAUUGUGUGGAAGAUCAAGCGCAUGGCAGGAAUGAAGGAGUCUCAGAUCAGUGCUGAGAUUGAGCUGCUGCCCACUAAUGAUAAGAAGAAGUGGGCCCGUCCACCCAUUUCCAUGAACUUUGAGGUUCCGUUUGCACCCUCGGGGUUGAAGGUGCGUUAUCUGAAGGUGUUCGAGUCAAAACUGAACUACAGUGACCAUGAUGUGAUUAAAUGGGUGCGAUACAUUGGACGCAGCGGAAUCUACGAGACGCGCUGCUAAUGAGCCACUGAGCAGAGGGACCAGCUUUUACUGUCUUAUAAAUAUACUAUAUUUCCCUCCUUCCCUCUCCUCAAGAUUUGUGGAUGAAUUAAAAAGGCUAAUUACAAAAAUAUGCAAAAUGUGAAAUGUAGUUACCCGUAUGUGUUUGUUCGAGUGCUGUAAUGAACAGAUCCAGUGGAGAGCAGUGAGUGGUCUACUUUAAAGCCUGUGCAGUUAACGUCUGUCUGUCAAAACUCAGCUUCCUGAUUCGCUGUAGUCGGUCUUACGAGGACCCCUGUCCAUUUUGUCGUUGGUUAUUCUCCUAUUGGUCAUACUCUCAGUAUCUUAUCGCUAUCUCUCUCUCUGUGACUAUUUAGUUCGGUAUAAAUAUAUAAUGGAAAAAACA